AUGACUCUCGGAAAAUCUUUCACAUUUACGGAGCUGGACGAACUAGCCUGUCGUUAUGCUCAUAUGCUGCAGAAAAAUUCGCCUGUGCAAUCCGGUGACGUCGUUGCCAUUUGCAUGGAAAAUGGAGCGCACUUUGUAGCUGCUUGGCUUGCUUGUGCUAAGAUAGGCGUCAUUUCUGCAUGGAUCAAUACAAAUCUUCAAGGAGAAUCACUAUUGCAUGCACUGAAAAUCUCGAAAUCAUCCAUUAUUCUAUGCUCAGCACCAUAUCAGCAAAAAUUAGUCGAAACUAUGGAAGGAGAGGAAGCUUCACAGAUGCAUCCGGUGAUUCUUUCUGGAGGAACAUCACUUAGAUCGUAUAUCAAAUCCAUUGACGAACUGCUGCCGACUCAGCCUACAUCGCAGCCCAUUCCUCUGCGGCAGAUGACCUUUCAGGAUCCGCUCUGCUACAUAUUCACUUCUGGAACUACAGGAAUGCCAAAACCUGCUGUUAUAAAACAUUUCAGGUACUUUUACAUUGCUACAAGUGGGGAGAUUGCUUUUGGGGUGAAGCCUAAGGCGGAUAGGAUUUAUAUCUGCCUUCCACUCUAUCACACAUCCGCAGGAGUUCUCGGAGUAGGCCAAACGAUAAUACAUGGAGCCACUUGUGUUAUAAGAGAUAAGUUUUCUGCUCGAAAUUUCUGGAAGGACUGCGUGAUAAACAAAUGCACAGUGUCACAAUAUAUUGGUGAACUCCUUCGCUACCUUCUGCUUUCCGAAAAAUCACCCUAUGAAGAGAACCACUGUGUUCGUUUACUGAUAGGAAACGGGUUGAGGCCAGCAAUUUGGAGGCAAUUCCAGGAACGGUUUAAAGUCGAUCGAAUCGCCGAAUUCUAUGGGUCAACUGAGGGAACUUCGAAUCUAAUUAACAUCGAUGGAAAGGAAGGAUCGUGCGGAUUUAUGACGAUUAUUGGCAUAGCUGCACCUAUCUAUCCUAUUCGCCUUUUCAAAGUUGAUGAAGCAACUGGAGAACUAAUUCGGGACGAUCGAGGGUACUGCAUUCCAAUUCGACCAGGUGAAUCUGGCCUCCUUGCCUGCACAAUUCGCAAGAACAAUCCACUUUACCACUUUGAGGGUUACGUGGAUGAAGCAGAGACACAAAAGAAAGUGAUCGAAGAACCACUACCAGGAUCGGACCCUAAAGAUCAAGAGAUGAUUUUUUCUAGGUGGAAAGGGGAGAAUGUGUCGACAACACAAGUGGAAGCAGUACUGCAAGGACUUUCAGGCAUUCACGAUUGCACCGUUUACGGCGUAGAAGUUCCAGAUUGUGAAGGCAAAGCAGGAAUGGUUGCCAUAUCUCCGAGUCCUGGUGUGGCCAUUCGCAUUCUCCUUACUAUACUUUACAAGCGUUUCACAACAGCUCUUCCUCCCUAUGCUGUGCCUUGUUUUGUAAGGAUCACAGAUGAUAUAGACAAAACAGAGACAUUCAAGAUGAAGAAAUCAGCUCUACAAUCCCUCGGAUUCAACCCCAGCUCAGGAUCAAAAGUAUACUUCUUGGACCAUCCCAAUGAGACGUUUACAGAAGUCACAGAGGAAGCUAUAGCUGAAUUGAAGAAAAAGCGAGUAACACUGUAG